AUGCUGUCGGUGAGCAAGCCGACGUCCUUAGUCCAGCAGAAGAAACAGCAGUGGGCGCGGGAGAGAGAGGAGAUGUCCCAAUUUUACUUACCGUGGGGUUCCGGAGAACGAUACACAAAUCGCUUGCAAGUACGGAACCAAUUCGCAAGUACCCUUGAGCUACACAAGCAAUCCUCUUAUGAUUAUCAAGAACCGGUGGUGGUGCAACGACAAAGAAGCCCCAGCCUGCCGCCCAUUCAUCACAUUGAAAUAGGUAAACAAACUAAAGAAGAACGAAGAUCCAAAGAGUUUUUAAAUCGUAAUAUUUCAAGUGCGAAGAGAUUCGCAUUUUACGACGAAGACGGCGAAGGCGAUACUUCCGGAUACGGAAGUGAAACUGUCAAUCACAUGAAUAUUACAAAUCAAUGUGGAAGCAACAACAAUAACGAUCCUGUAGUUGCGUGGCAACAAGAUGGAAAGGAAACCAGAAAACAAAAUAUAAGUGGGCGCGCCACAGUAAGAGAUGGUUUAUGGUCAGCACGUAGCCCAGGACCGGUGGAAGAAGGCCGACCUCGAUGGGGGGAUCGUGGAGUGGCUACGGGAAGGUUGUGGGAACCAACAGCACCUAACGCAAGACUGCCGCAGAUGCAAAAUCAAAAGAAAGGUACGCCGUCAUGGGUGGAGCGUGGAUUAAACAUGAUAGAUAAUGCAUCAGAUGUUCUAGUUAUCGAUCAAAGAAGUUCAACAAACUCAGGAUUAGAAUGCGAUAGGUCUUCAUGCAAUGGAAGCGAUGAAGGGAAAACUUUUCUUAGGGGUCAAAAUGUUCCUAUAGAACCAGAAGUGAGAGCUCAACGUGAAAAUAAACGUAUUAAGGCCUUAGAACUUCAAUCAGCUAUUUUAAGCCAAUUAGAAGAUCGUGAAAAAAGACGCCAAGAAGAAAGAGAAAGGGAAUUGAGAGAAGAACGUUUGGAAGAGUUACGUAUACAGAGACAACAAGAAGAAGACAAGCUUAAACUCGAAGAAGAGAAAAGAAAAAAUGAACAAAAGCAGGUAUUGGAACAGCGUAAACUUGAAGCUUUAAAGAAGGCACUGGAAGAGGCGGAAAAAAAGGCAAAGACUGAAAAAGAGAAAAAAUAUAUAUGUCAAAAACAAUUAGCGAAUCCAGCAGCGACCGUAUCUGAAGAUGAUAAAGUAAAAUUAUUUGAAAAUACCAUGACUGAAACUACCCUAAACAGCGAAAUGACAAGUCCUACCAAAACUAGUAGAACUUAUGAAAUCAAUUCUCCUAAAAGUCAGAAAAAGGACUGUAAUUCCCGACAAUCCGCUUUUAGCUCACCGAGAUCUUUGGGUACCGGGAAUGUUAACUUAUUUAUUCAUAAUGUACCACCAGUAGCACUUACAGAUAGUCAAUUCAAUAUUAUACCUCUUGGUAUUAAUGGACAUGGGGAAAUCGUAAGUACCCAACCCAAUAGCCUACAAUUAGCAGUUUUAGUACCACAAAACCUUAGUAAUAAUUUAUAUGGUAUAUCAAUAAAUUCCCUUAUCAAUAAUGAUUUGACGGAGAAGCAGGGUAAAGUUCUUACGCCACAAAAGUACCGUACCUUAAAGACCAGAGAUGUAUUUACUCAAACUGAAACAGAUUUAUUACGUUACAAAGUCGAUAAAAACGUUGAAACAAUUGAUAUGGAAAGAGAUAUAGAUAAAGACUAUUCUAAUAUUGAUGAGAAUGCGCCACAAGAUGGAAAUCGUAAUAAUUUAAAAAAAGAGAGACGAUUACGAUCAGAGGAGAGAUACAAAAAGGAUAUCGAAAAUCGACCUAAAUGGGGCGCCAAUAAACCAAUUGCACAAUACAAAAAACAAAGCGAAAAAGAUCCGUUUUACAGUCAAAAGCGAAAAAUUCGGCAGAAAUAUCGACCACAUGCACGGCAAUAUAUGUCGCAAUCUAGUGAAGAUAGUCGUUCCCCAAGUCCCCCUACCAGAUCAGAAAAAACAACAGAAAGUAAUUUCAAACAACGCAAUUCUCUAACUCAGUCAUUUUGGAGAAAAAAACGAUCCAAUCAAGAUUAUUUGCGAAAUAAUAGCGGUAUGGAAGCUUUAAAUACUGAUGUACCAGAGUUUUGUUCUCUUGACCAAAUCACAGGUGACAAAUCAGAUCAAAAUAAGUUAACGAAAAGGCUAACGUUAUCACAAAAAUUCAUAAACGAUAAAUACGGGAGUAGAAAGUUAUGGAUGGAAGACAUAUGCGAAAGAAAUACUAAAUUCAAUAACUAUGAAGCGGAAAAUUCUAAAAUAAGUAGCGACAAACUCAACGGUACUAAAAGAGAUAGCAUAGAUAUUAACGAAGAACAAGAACAUUUUGUAAAACUAAAACUUUGA